CCGGUGAGAGCAGCGGCCCCGGCCCGGGCGCGGCCGUCCCCUGGGAGAACUUGUCUCCCUGGAAUUUGGAUGCAGAAGUACCUGUUCCUGAAAAUAAAAGCCUCCCACCUGGGAGGGAUGGCGCCACAGGUGAACCACCUGGAAAUUCCAGCAGACCAGCUCCUGUUGGAGCUCACUUUCUCAGAGUUCCUGCCCCAGAGGACACAGAAUAGUAAACAAGGGCUAUUCCAGCUGUGGAGUUACCCUCUGAGCGAAGCAAGCACCAUGGAGCUCAGGGGAUGUGUGACCUCAGCCUGCCUGGGCCUGGGAUCCCUGAUCCGUCCAGGGGAGACAGUGAAACUGCCGAUCUCGUGGGCUGCUGGGCGGACUGCACAGUUGAUGGGUGUUCACAGCCGGUACUGGCGAGGCCUGCUGAUGGUGCGGAGUUGGAAGCUUGGAGGCAGAGAAUCAUUUUGCUAAUGAGAUGUUUCUCCUCAAUGUCAACAAAGAGAGUAAAAGUCGUGACAGCUUAUGGAUUUCAAAAUGUCUUCAGUGGGAACUGGCUGUGAUAUGACCGAUAAUCCCAUAAGGCCCUUCGGUGUGAACCCCCCGCUGACGAGUGCCUCAGUGGACAAGCUAGCUGGCUCCUGCCCCGCGCUGCAGGUUCCAUUAAGUCUCUGCUGCACAUACGCUGAUGGAGACUUUUUCAAGGACAGGAAUGAGCCUCAUAUUCAUUUAUGCUCAACUCUAGAAAACAACAGUGGAGAACUUUUAACUGCUCCAAACUGGAAUCUGAAGUAUGGAAAUAGCAGUGUGGAGGAAAAUUUAACAGAUGAAAGCGAUGUAUCAGAAAAUGAAAAAGCAAACGAUACUCUACUCAGCUAUUUUAAAAAGAUGGACCUGAACUUAAAGCCAGAAACAAUAGAAAAUGUUGAAGAACCUUUCACAGAGGAACUGAAUGAAGUAUUUCCAUAUCCUGAUUUUCUUCCUCCUCCUUUCAGUACUUUGGACUUGCACAAAUUAGCCCUCUCAAAAUCUGAUAGUUGGAAAAUGACGGUGGAGACGCCGGACAGCUCUCUGGAGCCGCUGAUGGCUCGUUUGCUGGACAUGGAAAGACUUCAGCAGCUGACCAUUCAGAGAGAAAGGCCCAGACUGCAAACCUCCUUCUGUGCCCCGGUCGUCACCGAACGACCCCCUUCCUCCAAAGCUGUCUCCAAAACGAGACAGCCCAAGCCGCCUGACGCUGUGGGUCUUCAAAUGGCUUGUGUAGAGAAAAGUUAUGAGAAAAGAAGAAACAGUUUUGGUUCUUACAAGCCUGAACACAGUGCUCCCAAGUGGAACUGGAACGGCGCUGGCAAAUACAAGUGGAGUUCUAAACCAGCUCUGAAAGCCUCAUCCACCCCAAAACAGGUCAUUGCAGCUCAUGAUGACUUUAAGAACCCCAAAAUCUCCGUUUUAAACCCGUGCCAAGAACUCACAAUCAAGCCCACUCCUGUCCAGACGACUCAGCUGCUGGUUAAAACGGCCUCAGCCAGAUGUCUGCCUCCAAAGUCUCCUACACCAAUUUCACCCAUACCUCUGUCUUUUCCUGAUAGUCACAGAGAAGAGACUCAGGCACCAAGGACCAAAAAGAAACUUUACCGAAAAGAUGUGGUGCUGAACAGACCAUUCUGUGUUCAGAAGCCGAACUGUUGUUUAUCACCUUCAUUAAUAGCUAAGGAUAAGUGCUCACCCACUGACCAAAAAUAACGUAACUGUCUUCUUUCCUGCAUCUCAACAUGAGCAAAUCUAUUCCAAGAAGCCCAGCUAAAAUAUAGUUCCUUAUUCCGAGAUACAGGUAUUAUACACACACACGUGUGCACACACAAUCCCUGAAUGUGCUGUGGAGUGGAGCUUGUGAGAGUCCCAGCUGAGACGGCUACACAUGAACCAAGGGCUUCUUCCCUGAUGAUGUCUCUUACAUAUGUUUCUAAGGAAUGUUUCACUUGGAAAACCAUUCUACUCAAGGUGGUUCUUUUGUUGUGAUUAUUUUCCAGUGUAAUUCCA